AUCUUCACCACCACACCACCUCUUUCACCCAAUUACCUUUCUAACCCUAAUCCUCUUCACCCUGCCACCACCCCUCUUUCUCUUUCUAAUCUCAAAUUCCACUACCACCCCUUUCACCCACCACCACUCCUCAAACUCUUCACUCAAUGGUGGCUCCCGCUACCCCCCGCAAUCGUCACUGGAACCCUCGUCCUUGUUCACGGAUUUAUCGGCGAAUCCAGCUGGUUCCUCCAGCUCACCGCCAUCUACUUCGCCAAGGCCGGAUUCGCCACCUGCGCCAUUGACCAUCAGGGCCACGGCUUUUCCAACGGCCUCAUCGCCCACAUCCCUGACAUCAACCCCGUUGUCGACGACUGCAUCGUCUUCUUUGACGAAUUCCGCUCUCGCUUCGAUCCUUCUCUUCCUUCAUUCCUUUACUCCGAAUCUCUCGGUGGCGCAAUCGCGCUAUUAAUCACUCUUCGCUGCCGCGACUCGCCGGAAAAUGUCUCAUCCACGAACCGAGCGUGAGCUCUGAUUAUGGUGUCGUCCUCUUUGGGAGUGAAGGCAUGAUGCUCCACCUGCGGAGAGAACUAGUUGCACCAUCGGAGCCUGCGAAAAAUGGGUUAGUUCAUGAACCUGUAAUGAAGAACAGAGCAAAAGGAAAUCGGGAGAGAGAUAGAUAUAACAACGGCAGGGAUCAGGUAACGACGGUGGUGAUUCUACGACGCGAAAAGAGGUGAAGAGGGUUGGCUAUGGCGUCGAUAAGGUAGUGUGAAGAGGAGGGUCUUUGACACAGUAGGCUCUGGUUCGAGGCCGAUGGUGAUGGUGGCGAGGAGAAGCUGGCGCGGUGCUCCUGGGCUCGACAUAGGUCUGCGACGUUGCUGGCGGAGAAGGGGAGUGAACAGUGAUGAAGAGGGUAAUACGGUGGUAUGUGGUUGAUGUUGGAAUUGGGUGGCUGAGAAAAUUGAGAGAGAGAGAAAGGAGAGAGGAGAUGAUAGUGGUGGAGAGAAAGGUAGUUUAGGAAUUUUAUUUAAUUUUUUAGGGUUUGAAUAAU